AUGAACGCAAAGACUGUCGCCUACACUUCGAUAGGGCUCUCCAUCGGAGCGACGGUGCUGAUCGCCAUGUUUGCGACGCGUCUAUCAGCCGUACUUGGAGAAAUCUCAAAAGAAAUUGAGAGCGACAUGAACGAGUUUAAGCUGAUGGAACAGCAGGCAACAGUUCAUGUUCGUGUUGGUCGUGCAGCGAAGAAACAACGUCAAGCUGAGAAUGCACCAAUGAUAAGAAGAGAAGCAUCAUACUGGACUCAAAGACGUUAUCGUCAGGCUGGUGGAGAUUGUCAAUGUAACGUCGAUGCAAACUGCCCAGCGGGACCUCCCGGACCGCCGGGCAUGCAUGGUGACGAUGGUACACCUGGGCAACCGGGAACACGUGGUGCCGCAGGGCUGCCUGGUAACUUCCCACCGGUAGUGAUGGAUGCUCCAGGACGUUGUAGAGUGUGUCCCCAUGGUCCACCUGGAGUGCCCGGACCUCCUGGACCUCCUGGAAUGGCAGGCGCUCCUGGACCAAGCGGCAGUGUCGUCAGUGCUGGUGCCCCUGGACCUCCAGGCUUGCCAGGACAAGCUGGUUCACCCGGAGAAGCCGGUCGCAAUGGUGCGCCAGGACCACCCGGUGACAGAGGAGAAAACGGAUCGCAAGGCACCAAAGGUGCACCCGGCGCGCCAGGACAACCCGGAGCUGCUGGAGAGCCCGGACCUCCCGGUAUGCCAGGACCACCUGGCGGCGAGGCUCGUGGUUCUAUGCCUGGUCCACCUGGUCCAGAAGGACCUCCCGGAUUGCCCGGAAUGCCCGGUCCACCCGGUGGUGCUGGAAACCGUGGUGGUCUUGGAAGAGACGCCAACUACUGUCCUUGCCCACGUCGUGGUGGGGCUCGUGUUGCUCGUGCCAAGACUGCUGCCAAGGCUGCUGCCAAGGUUGUUGCAAAGAAGAGAAAGCGUGUCGUCGCUUAA